UAGAUGCUUUUUGAAUGCAGAAAAUACAAGUUAUAACCCUUAUUUGUAUGCUCUAAAUCGUGUGAGUUACACUUAAAAAUAAGUUGUUUUUAUCUUUAUUAACACGUAAUUCUUUAUUUGUGAACAUCAGGUCGUGUAGGAAACGGGCAUUACGCAAGUGUUAGGACUAAAGACUGAAGGAAGACAUUUGUUAAAACAAGGACAUACUUGACACUUGUCCUGCAUUAUCUGAAGGACACAAUAAUACGAUUUUCGUGUUGCAAAUACAAAACGUCAGUCUAGUUUACAAAUAUUUGUUCCCAAACGUCAUCGAACUACCUUUAGGAAUGGCGGUCGCACCGGUCAUUUCAUUCAGCGGCUUAUUGAAGAACUACUUAACCUUGAAUGGCGAGAGUUGGACUAGACCCGUAUGGCCAGCCCAUCAUCCAGCAGAAUGUCGGCUUCGUCGUCAUGGCGCAGCCGGGGGCUCUUGUCACGAGACCGCCGCCUCCGCCUGUUGUGUGGAUGCCCAAGCCGUCGGGUGGAAGCGGUUGUCCGCCUGGGUUGGAAUACCUAACCACCUUAGACAAGAUACUCUUGAAAGAAGAAGUAAACUAUCUGGAGAUGGCGACAAACUUUGUGUUCGAGAACAGAUAUCGUAUCUUGAACGACUCCGGACAGCAGGUCUACACUGCGCAGGAAGAGUCUACUGUUUGUCAGCUUGGAUGGUGCUCCGGCAACAGGGCCUUUACGAUGCACAUCUUCGACAACAACAAAAUGGAAGUGAUACGAUUGGAGCGAGAGCUGCGCUGCUGCAUUGGAACUUGCUGGUGCUCAUGCCUAGAAAGCUGCUCCCAUCUGAUCAAAGUCGAGGCGCCCCCGGGGAAGAAGGUCGGAUACGUGCAGCAAAAAUGUAGCCCGCUGCCACCAAUGUUUAGCAUUUUGGACGAAGACAAACAAGAAGUUAUGUAUAUCGAUGGACCAUGCUGCGUCGGACCAUGUACUGUCGUGGAGUUUAAGGUGAAAUCAUCCAAGGACGACUCGAAGGUUGGCAAAAUUUCGAAAAAAUGGGAUGACGUGGUACAGGAGUUGUUAACAAACGCCGAUAACUUCGGAAUCAAAUUCCCUGUUGAUCUAGAUGUUAAAAUGAAAGCUGUCAUGCUCGGUGCCGCUUUUCUGAUUGACUUCAUGUAUUUCGAGUAAAACUGCUAACUUAAGUUGGUGAAGACGAGCCAUGUCGUCAGAAGUUGAAGAAUGCGCGCGUUGUUGUACAACUGUUAAUAUACAAAUUCAGAGACUCGUCGAUUGCGAAUAAAGUGAAUAUAUAUUGGUGAAUAAAUGACUGAUAGCAUUUUGUCAUUGAAAAUUACGUGAAAACGUCUAUGUCUCUUGAACGUUGGAAGGAUUUGAGCGGCGCUCUGUGAAAAAGGGGUAUAAUACAUGUGCAGUCCGCACAGGCUUAUCAUGGACAACACUUUUCGCCUAAACUAGAUUUUUGCUAAGAAGGGCUUUCUGUAAACGAAAAAUACCACACAAGCGGAAAGUGUCGUCCCUGAUAAGCUUGCGCGUACUGUACAUGCUAAUCUGGAACGACGCUUUACGCACGUGCAUUAAACCCCCUUUUCACAGAGCACGGCUUAAAUUUUGUGUUUAUUUUUGUGUAAUUACUAUGUUGUUAAGGACUAAAUCGGUUGUUUGAGUAUCAUUACUUUGUUUUUAAGGCUAUAAUAUUUUGUUUAAGUGUUAUUACUAUUUUGUUAAGGCUAUUAUCUGUCAAUACUCCGGCAUAUUUAAACGUGGAAAAAAACGCACUAAAACUGUUUAUGCUGAUACAUGUGAAUACAUGUGGUCGGAGACGAAUACUGUUUAAAAAUACUUAUAUUGUGUACAGUGGGUAAUACACCUUAAUAACUCGUAUAUUUUAUAUGUUUUCGUGGUCGUCAUGACACAGUAUUGCGUGAAGGUCCGUCACACUUUCGAGAUGAUGCGCUUUUGUGGUUUCUGCCGACCAAUAAAGCUCUGUUUUUGGAAAACUUU